AUGGAGGUUUACGCAGACAACAUGCUGGUCAAAGCUCCUCAGCGAGUAGAUCACAUCAAAAACCUCACCGAAGCCUUCAACAUGCUCAAAAAAUACCGCAUGAAGUUGAAUCCAGGCAAGUGCACAUUUGGAGUCUCAUGUGGCCGAUUUUUGGGAUACUUAGUCACCCAAAGGGGCAUCGAGGCUCUCCCUAAUCAAAUCAAUGGCAUCCUCAACAUGAAGUCACCUGCCACAAUGAAAGAAAUACAAAGCCGCAAUCAACCAAUUUCUUUCGAGCUUUGCAAGACUGAAGUCAUAUCUCACUUCACCUCCCAUGCUCUCAAAACCGUAACUAGGCAAGGACAUAUUCAUCUACUGGGCGGUGUUCAACUAAGCUGUCAGCUUAGAACUCAUCCGAGAAGAGCUCGAACACAACAUCCGGUAUUCUAUACAUCAAAAGCUCUCCUCGAUGUAGAGACGAGCUAUCUGAAAAUGGAUAAGCUCAUUUUAGUCCUUUGUAGUAUCUACGAGACAGUUAAGACCCUACUACCAAGCUCACUGGAUUAUCGUCAUGACAAAAUUUCCUUUGAGAUCGAUUAUUCAUAG